GGCGCGGCGGCGAAGAUGACCGCGGGCUCGGGCGUGCUGCUCCUGCUGCUCGGGCUCUCCGGCGCGCUCGGGGCCCAUCGCGGGGAUCUUACAGUCACAGCGAGCUGCAAGGCUGGAUUCUCGGAAGAAGGCUACACUGCACUGAUCUCCCCAAGCGUUCUGGAAGGAGAGGAGCUUCUCAAAGUCAAGUUCAGCAGCUGUUUGGGGAACAAGCAGAUGCAGUAUGAGACCAACAGUGUGGAUUUCAAAGUUGGGACAGAUGGGACAGUCUUUGCCACCCGACAACUUCAAAUCCCUUCGGAGCAAGUGGCUUUCACUGUGACUGCGCGGGAACGCCAGACAGCCAAGAGAUGGGACGCUGUGGUGCGACUGCUGGUGGCCCAGACCUCACCCCCGCACUCUGGACACGAGACAAUGCCCCAGAAAGGAAAGACGAGUGUGGCCCUGGACCCCGCUCAGACCCCGAGGGACACGCUGCUGCCAUGGCCCCAGCACCAGAGCUCCCACGGGCUGAGGCGACAGAAGCGCGACUGGGUCAUCCCGCCUAUCAACGUGCCAGAGAACUCCCGAGGACCCUUCCCUCAGCAGCUCGUGAGGAUCCGGUCUGACAAGGACAAUGACAUCCCUAUCCGGUACAGCAUCACAGGUGUGGGUGCUGACCAGCCCCCCAUGGAGGUCUUCAGCAUUGACUCCAUGUCUGGUCGGAUGUAUGUCACACGGCCCAUGGACCGGGAGGAGAGAGCCUCUUACCAUCUCCGAGCCCAUGCAGUGGACAUGAAUGGCAACAAGGUGGAGAACCCCAUUGACCUGUAUAUCUACGUCAUCGACAUGAACGACAACCGGCCCGAGUUCAUCAACCAGGUCUACAACGGCUCCGUGGACGAGGGCUCCAAGCCAGGCACGUAUGUGAUGACAGUCACAGCCAAUGACGCAGACGACGGCACAACGGCCAAUGGGAUGGUGCGGUACCGGGUGGUCACGCAGACACCCCAGAGUCCGUCCCAGAGCAUGUUCACCAUCAACAGUGAAACAGGGGACAUCGUGACAGUGGCAGCUGGCCUGGACCGCGAGAAAGUCCAGCAGUACACAGUCAUCGUCCAGGCCACAGACAUGGAAGGGAACCUUAACUACGGCCUCUCGAACACGGCCACCGCCAUCAUCUCGGUGACAGAUGUGAACGACAACCCUCCGGAAUUUACCACAAGCACGUUUGCAGGCGAGGUCCCUGAAAACCGCGUGGAGGCCGUGGUGGCCAACCUCACAGUGAUGGACCGAGACCAGCCUCACUCGCCCAACUGGAACGCCGUCUACCGCAUCAUCAGCGGUGACCCCUCAGGCCACUUCAGUGUCCGCACAGAUCCUGUCACCAAUGAGGGAAUGGUCACCGUGGUGAAGGCAGUGGACUACGAGCUGAACCGCGCCUUCAUGCUGACCGUGAUGGUGUCCAACCAGGCACCCCUGGCCAGCGGAAUACAGAUGUCCUUCCAGUCCACUGCAGGGGUGACCAUCUCUGUCACAGAUGUCAACGAGGCCCCCUAUUUCCCCUCCAACCACAAGCUAAUCCGCCUGGAGGAGGGCGUGCCCACCGGCACCACACUCACUACCUUCUCCGCAGUGGACCCGGACCGAUUCAUGCAGCAAGCUGUGAGGUACUCAAAGCUGUCAGACCCUGCAAACUGGCUGCACAUCAACAUGUCCAACGGUCAGAUCACCACGGCCGCCGUUCUGGACCGCGAGUCCCUGUACACCAAGAACAAUAUCUACGAGGCCACCUUCUUGGCGGCUGACAAUGGGAUCCCCCCAGCCAGUGGCACAGGGACCCUGCAGAUCUACCUCAUUGACAUCAAUGACAAUGCACCCGAACUGCUGCCCAAGGAGGCGCAGAUCUGUGAGAGGCCUGGCCUCAAUGCCAUCAACAUCACUGCAGCCGACGCCGACAUGGACCCCAACAUUGGCCCCUAUGUCUUUGAGCUGCCCUUCGUGCCCACCACCGUGCGGAAAAACUGGACCAUUACACGCCUAAAUGGUGACUAUGCUCAGCUCAGCUUACGAAUCCUCUACCUGGAGGCUGGGAUGUACGACGUCCCCAUCAUCGUCACAGACUCUGGGAACCCUCCCCUGUCCAAUAUGUCCAUCAUCAAAGUCAAGGUGUGCCCAUGUGAUGAGAACGGGGACUGCACUACCAUUGGCGCAGUGGCCGCGGCUGGCCUGGGCACAGGCGCCAUUGUGGCCAUCCUCAUCUGUAUUGUCAUCCUACUGACCAUGGUUCUGCUGUUCGUCGUGUGGAUGAAGCGGAGAGAGAAGGAGCGACACACCAAGCAGCUGCUCAUCGACCCCGAGGACGACGUGCGCGACAACAUCCUCAAGUACGACGAGGAGGGCGGCGGGGAGGAGGAUCAGGACUACGACCUCAGCCAGCUGCAGCAGCCGGAAGCCAUGGAGCACGUACUGAGCAAGGUCCCUGGUGUGCGGCGGGUGGAUGAGCGGCCGGUGGGCGCCGAACCCCAAUAUCCUGUGAGGCCUGUGGUGCCCCACCCAGGUGACAUCGGUGAUUUCAUCAAUGAGGGGCUCCGAGCUGCUGACAAUGACCCCACAGCACCUCCCUACGACUCCCUGCUGGUCUUCGACUACGAGGGCAGUGGUUCCACGGCGGGCUCCGUCAGCUCCCUGAACUCCUCCAGCUCUGGGGACCAAGAUUAUGACUACCUGAAUGACUGGGGUCCCCGGUUCAAGAAACUGGCAGACAUGUACGGGGGCGGCGAGGACGACUAGCCGCCCCGCAUCACUGCAGAGCGCAGAAGGGCGCUGCAGCCUGGCAGGACUGAGCAGAGGCACUGGCCGUGGUCCUGUGGUCAGGAGCGCCUCCCUGCUGCUUUGCCCAGCGUGGAACUGUCCAGCAUGAACACUGGCCACCAGGUGCCCACUGCCCCCGCUGCAUCUCGGUAGCCACGCACCGUGAAGGGAGAGCCAGAGGUGCCAGCCUGACUUGAAUUUCCUAGGACAGAAGCACUGUUGAAAAAAAAAAAAAAAAAAAAAAAAACAGAAACAAAAAACGAAAGUGCCUUUUGGUACACAUGUCAGAUUCCCUAAACUCAGGAGUGACUGAAAGUGAGCGGACAGCCCAAGGCCCCCCAUCCCUCCAUGCCUGUCCCGCAGACCCAGCUGCCCCCACCCUGAAGACAGCAAGCAAGGAAUGAGGGAGAUUGAGUCCUUUUUUUAAGCCUUUUAUUAAGAAAGUGGGUGAUUUAUUUAGAAAAACAGCUUGGGGUCCAAAUCCCAAUAGCUCUUGCUGUGCCCAGUUGGGUCUCCUGACCCCCUUGGGCUCCCCACGGCUGACAAGUGACGCUCAUCCUUCCCAGUGGCAGAAACCCCUCCCCUCCGCCAGACCAACCUGGCGGCCAAGCCACAGCUACAUGAACUUGUGCCCCCCCCCCCAAUGCUGUGAAUAGCUGAGUGGGUGGGGUUCCUUCCCAGGGAUCAUUCCGGGUGCUCCUCACGUCUGCCCUUGGCCACCCCAGUGCACCCUAGUCCACAAGAAGACCUCCUUCUGAGUCAUCUGACAUCCCCAAUGCCACCAAAGUCCCCUUAGGCUUUGGUCCAGAACAUCCUUCAAAACUGUGGCACACAUCAUCUACCCUUUGGGCUCGGAGGCCCAGCAGGCAAUUUUCCCAUCAGCCAGAAACCCUGAAUGCUUUCAACAUGAGCCACCUCCAAGCCGUGGAGCUGGCAGAGUAGAGCCUGGCCAUGCCUCCUUGUGCUGGAGAGGGAUGGAUAGCACCACCACCCUCACUGGACUCUCAGAACUGCUCUGCCUCCCCAGGUCUUGUCCGUCAGGACCUGCUCCAAGUGGCUGGCAAGUGACUCUCUUGCUAUGCCCAUGUGACCACUGAUGGUCCAGUUACUGCCAGAAACUGUAGUCCUUUCCUUGGGACUCAAGUCCCUGCCACAUUCUAUGGUCCUUCCAGAGCUGGCAUUGCCCACCCACCCACCCCCUCUCUCUCCUGUGUAGGUGACAUGAUACAGGGCAAACUGGGCAGAAGAACAAGGCCAUGUCUAAGGGUGGCCAGGAAACUGGGACACAGGCCAGGGGCAUCCACCUGACUAGGUACAAAAGCACCUUGGGCCAGGGCAGGCAGCGUGCACUAAAGGGGCAUCUUGUGCUGGGUCACCGUCCUGGCUUACUCUAAGCAGAACAUCACACCCACUAAAGAAAUAUCUGAGGGUUCAGUAGCCUAGAAGGCCUGGGGUCCCCAGACCCUUGUGGAGAGGGAAGUGCCGACAUUGAUGAAAAAUAAGUCCUCCCCAGAUCCCCAGCCCAUGCCUGCUGCUGGGGACCAGGCAGCCCUCUAAAGGACUAGGAGGCUGGAGGUACCCAGGGGACAGCAUGUUCCUUCCUGGGGAUCUCCAAUCCAUGGCUCUCCUCAACCUCUGACUUUUCCCAUGGCUCAAGCCACCCCCUGUUCUAAACAGCUUUGGCCUCAAAGAUGUACCUGAGUGGAGUCACGGGGUGCCAAACUCAUGGGUAUGUCCCAUUGGAUGUCAGGGUUCUCCCCCAAACCAAACUCACCCCACCUCUGAACUCCCCAGACUUGAGCCAGGCUAUGAGUUGGGCUCUUUCCUUUUGUGUGGCUGUCCAAGGAGGCAGGGAAGGAUGAGGACCACCAUGGCCACCUGGAAGUCCUCUUCCCUACAGCCGGCCAGGCUAGCUGGUCAUGGGAGACAAGUUGGAGGUGAGGGGAGGCUAGUCUUCAGCUGUGCUAUGCAAAAUUGCUCUGGAUCAGUAGUCAGUGAGGGUGGUCCUGAGCAUCCCGGGCUGAGGCCACUGGUGGGAUUGCUGUGGUCAAGGCUAGAGACAAGCACUAGAGUUGUCUGUCUGUGUUUUCUGCAAAGCCCAUGCCCUCUGGAAGGCAGAGGGGCACGAGUGAGCUGGGCGUGCAAACACUCAGCAGCGAGGCGGCACUGAGCUCUUCUCUGAAACCCAGGAGUCUCCUGGGGACCCUGGAGCGGGGGACCCAACACCCCAGCUAUGUGACAGGACGCCUCUCCUGCCGCCCAGGUCCUCCUCUGCCCUCUGUCACUGCCAGCCCCAUGCACUUCCAGCUGGAGGGACACCCAUGGGAUUUCCUAGACAUCCGGACUGUUUGCUCCUUUUGCCCCAGCCCCCAGUCAGCUCCUGGGGACAGAAAAAGAUGGGGUCCCACACCCUCCCAGACCUGUCUCGGGACUCUGUUCCAAUGCCAACGAGUUAGCAUUAGCCAGGCAUACAAUCAGUGUCAAACGUCUCUCUUCUGUAGCUUGUAGAUACGUGUCUUGUGGUCAGGGCCCAGCCAGCCGAGGCCUAGGGCCCACGCUGCACAGGGCAAGAGUGUGGUUUUAGUUCCUUCAGGGACUUUUCUUCCCCAAAUGAGAAACCUGCACCACUGUGGGCAUCAACAAGGACACCCUGGCCAUGGUCAUCUCGCUCACGCUCUGACUCCAGGCCAGCUUCUCUCUUUCUUGUGUCUUUCAGCACAUCCAAAAUGCUAGGCCUCCUGCCACCAAAGUGUCAGCACAAUGGCCACUUGUCAGGCCCUCAGAUGUGCCUCGGUUUCCCCAGAGUGAGUGCAUGGUCCAUUGAGAUGACAGCUCUGUUCUCUGCAAAGUAAAGAGUCAGGGGAAGGGAAGCCGCCAGCCCAUCGAAGCUGAGAGGAAUACCAAAACUCAAGCAGACUGUCUUCACAGGGCUCCUGGUGCGCAGUGAAAGCCACCUCUGUGUGUACUUGGAACGCAUUUUGCUUUUCCUUACUCUCCUUUUUUCACUGUUUUUUUUUUUUUGCAUGUUUCUUUCUGAAAAUGGACAAAUGUGUAACAGCCCGCAUGAACAUGAUGGUUUGGGAAAGAUACCGGAGCAGGACGUGUUCACGCCGCAGCUCUGAGCAGCGCGGUUAGACAGAUGUUUGACUUUUUUUGUAAUCGUCAACAGCACAACUAUUUUGUAUUGUCGUUUGUAUCAUUUUGUACCGAAAAACAAAAAGGAAAAAAAAAGGGAAGAGAGUCGACAUUUUCAAUGUGUUUUUAGUGCCAGGCGGUCUUGGUUCCGAAGGGAUAGCUUUGCGGAACUGUCGUGUCCUGGAGCAGAGCCCAGCUGUGGCUGCUCCAGAGGAGGAAAUAAAGUUCCCUUUGAAGUGGC